AUGCCUGCUACCACGGCAGAAACUCUCUCCCUCGUUACGAGAAAUGUAUCAGUUGCACCACUGGUAUUACUUUCAGCAGCAGAUCAUUACGGGCGACAAGCUAAAGGCACGCGCAGACGUGUGGUUGGAGUUCUGUUAGGACAGAAUGAUGGAAAGAAUGUACGGGUAUCAAACAGUUUUGCUGUCCCAUUCGAAGAGGAUGAGAAAGACCCAUCAGUAUGGUUUUUGGAUCACAAUUACGUCGAAUCAAUGAAUGAUAUGUUCAAGAAAAUCAAUGCGAGAGAAAAGCUAAUAGGAUGGUAUCAUACUGGGCCUAAACUGAGAGCUUCAGAUUUGGAGAUCAAUGAGUUGUUUAAGAGAUAUACCCCCAACCCGUUACUUGUGAUUAUCGAUGUUCAACCAAAGGAGGCUGGCGUACCAACAGAUGCCUAUUUUGCGGUCGAGGAGAUUAAGGAUGACGGCACAACUACAUCCAAGACUUUCGUACAUACACCAUCGAUCAUCGAGGCUGAGGAGGCUGAGGAAAUCGGAGUCGAACAUUUACUGAGAGAUAUCAGAGAUGUGGCAGUUGGAACUCUUUCAACAAGAAUCACAAAUCAAGUACAAUCAUUGCAAGGUCUACACGCACGAUUACGAGACAUUAGCCAAUAUUUACAAAACGUCCUCGAUGGAACUUUACCAGUCAACCAUGCCAUUCUAGGCAAUCUCCAAGAUGUUUUCAACCUCCUCCCUAAUUUAUCUACACCCAAAGCUUCCUCUCACAUUCCUAACGGCCUCGAUGCACCUGUUGAAAAUAACAGCGAAUUAGCACAUGCUAUGAGCAUAAAGACAAAUGAUCAAUUGAUGGCUAUCUACUUAAGUAGUUUGAUCCGCGCCAUUACCGCCUUCCACGAUCUCAUCGAAAACAAAAUUCAAAAUAGACAACAGCAAGAGGAGAAGGAUGCCAAGAAGGAAGAAGCCAAAGAUGAGAAAGACAGGAAGACUGAUGGGGUUGAAGGUGUGAAUGGAGAUGGAAAAGAGGGCAAAGAAGCGGAAAAGGAGAAAGAGGAUAAGGAAAAGAAGAAGUGA